AUGUUCCACAAGCGCUGCGAAAGCUGCCAGCUCGCUGAUGAGGAUGAAGUUGGUGGGCCAUUGUGUAGCUUCUGCAAGCACCUUAGGUUACGCCACCUUUCCUUGUGCUAUCGACGCCUCGAUCAGGCUGUCGUACCUUACGGUGCACUUGAGGAUGUUGAAACGCGCCAACACUGUCCACUCUGCUCUUUAAUCGUGCUCGCCGUCAAAGCUCGAGACAAGGGAUGUAAACCCUCAACUCAAAUCCAACUCAGCUUCUACGUCCCAGGACUUCACUCUGGUCAGUGGACUGAGUACUCGGGAGAUAAGCAGGGAGCGUACGCUAUGAUUGCUGGGAGCAGGCCAGAGGUUGCGGUACUGUCUAUUCUGAAUCUCACAUUGAUAUCGCCGGUGGAAACGAAGGAGGCUCUGCCGCUCCCUAUCAGGAAGCACAUCUCCGACUGGACCACAGUAAAAGGUCGUCUCCAUCAAUGCGACCUCGAUCAUCCCGAUUGCAAAGCACAACACACCUCUUUGCCAACGGGUUUUCGUGUAGUGGAUGUUAAGGAAAGGCGUAUCGUAGAAAUACCCGAAGGUUGUCGGUACGUUGCCCUGAGCUACGUUUGGGGGCCCAAUCCCGAUCCAUCACUCCUCCUUACCACCGUAUCUACAUUCUCGUCGUAUCAAAAAAUCGGGGGGUUAGAUGCUCUCAAAAUGCCAAGGACCAUCGAGGAUGCGAUGCAGGCAUGUAUCCAACUAGAGGAACGAUACCUGUGGACAGACCGCCUUUGCAUCAUCCAGGACGAUCCCAACGACAAGAUGGAACAGAUUCAAGCAAUGUCGGGAGUUUACUCUUCUGCGGCGUUCGUUCUCGUUGCUGUCGAGGGAGACCAUAUGAAUGCAGGGCUGGCGGGUAUGGGUCAAGAUAGGCAAGACCAAAAGUGCGAAAUCAUCGAAGGGUUGAUGGUUACCCUUGUUGGCCAAAGCUAUCACCAUGCCGUCGCCACGUCCAGUUGGUUUAGUCGCAGUUGGACGUACCAGGAAGCUAUCCUCGCGAAGCGAAAGCUUUACUUCACCUCCUCGCAGAUCCAGUUUGAAUGCGAGAAUCAGAUUUGGCACGAGGAUCGGCUUUCAUUCGGAUAUGGCAAUCUCAACAAGAAAGCCCCGGAAUACCGGACUCCGGCCUUCACGAUGGGCUUAUACGGAGGACGGCAUGUUCCUUUUGGCGAAUAUAUAAGGCAUCUACUAGCCUAUCGUGACCGACGCUUGUCUUAUUCAUUGGACACAUAUAACGCUAUUGCCGGCAUCCUAAACGCCCUAUAUGAUCCCAACGAUGUCUAUUUUGGUCUUCCGCUCCCUGAAUUUGACCAAGCAUUGCUCUGGCGAUGUCACCCGGGCACAAGUCCCACGACAACCCUACGCACAAAGGUGCAUGUCCUAAACGACUCGAAGAGCUUGGUGUUGCCUUCGUGGUCCUGGAGUUCUGUCAUUGGCGGCAUAUACCUCGAGGCGGACGACUUCCAAGGGUCUUUAGUGUCAUGGUCGCUCUAUUCGUACAACAACCCGAAGGAGAAUAAGGUCGUCGUUCUCGCUGCCAAUCUUUGGAGCCCGCCUUUGUCAUGGAUGAAGACUGAAGACUCAUGGGUCAACCGCCGAGUGUCUGCUCGGGUGUCUAUGGCUUGGGCUUGGAUGUCAGGUUGCUUUGAGUUACCUGUGCUGGAGGGAUCUUCUUGGGGGCAAACCAGCUUCGAAGAACUUGAUAGAAUGCUGACAGAUAGGUGGCCCACUUAUCGCGACUUCGCUGCAGAAGUUUUUGCUUCCCAGGCAGAGGAUGACAACCCCUCGCCGUUCGAUGGACUAGGCGCUAAGUCGUACUAUCCACAUCGUUGGAAAACCGAAAUGCCCCCAGGAGCUCUAUAUGGCCGUGCGCAGGUCGCUCGUCUCAGGGUAGUCAACAAGUUAGACUCGAAUGUCACCCUUAGAGUCCUUGAUCUUGAUGGCAAUGGUAUAGGUGUCGUCAGCAGAUUAGAACCUCUCAUCCGUACUGAAGUUAUCCCUCAAAUUGAAGGCGGCAACGACAUAUUCGAAUUCAUUGGACUGUCAGUUACAUUCAACACCAACACCUUCAUCCCUUUUCCUCCUCGGUUGCGUCAUCUCGAUAUCGGUGGCAAGUCUCUUGAGAGUCCUUUAGCAGUCGCCGUCUUGAUCGUUGGUAGAAGGAAUGGCUACAUGUAUCGUGUCUCCAUCGGUCGAGUUUACCUCCAAGAAUGGGUCAAUGCGGGGCCCACGUUUGAAGACGUUGUAUUGAUUUAG